CUUGUUCCCUUGGUGUGUAAUUCUACAGUUCUCUAGUUCCCCAUGUUCUCUAUUGGACGGUUCUCUAGUUCUUUAGUUCCAAAGUUCUCUAGUGCCCUGCCCCUGAACCCCCAGUUCCAUGGUUCCAUCAUUCUCUGGUUCCCUUGUUCUCUAGUUCUUAGGUUCCACGCUUCUCUAGUUCCGUGGUUCUGUAGUUCUACAGCUCUCUUGUUCCCUUUUUCCCUG